GGCGAGUCAGUCCACGUGCCUGCUCAGUUGUUCGGUCUCUGCUCAAGUCGCAGCAGGUUCUGUUCAGGCCGCGUCCUGAAGAGAAAGGCCAAGCUGCCAUGGUUGGGGAUGCGCCGGUUGCCUGGCUUGGGCCUGCAAUCCACCAGCCUGUGGGCACACGGGCUCCGCGUGUGCAGCCUCGGCAGCUGUCAGGCGCCACGCCUCCUCUACAGUGUAUGCCAAGGCCCUCGGGCGCCUCUGGUGCGUCUGCGCAGAGGUUGCUUGCGCUCGGCGGCGUGGUUUGGGCCGGCAGCCAAGGCCGCAAGAGGGCACGGAAGCAGAGCAGGCGGGCAGCUCGAGCUGCUGAGGCGCGGGACGCAGAGUUUGCCGCACAGUGCGUGGACGAGGAGGCCAUGCUUGCUGAGAGCACCUUUGCCAUCAAGCCCGAGGACCUUAUCAGGCGCUGCAAAGAGGUCCUGGCAGCCGGGGUCGGCACCCGGGACUCGGGCGCGGACUUCGCCGAAAACUUUGAGUUCUGCGCGCCGGUCGUCGGACCCCUCGGUAAAAAGCAGUACCUGAGUGCUCUUGGCACCUUCAAGAUAGAGGACGCUUUUCCGGACUCCAAUCCCAACUACCACUUCUUCCGCGUCGACCCAUUCGAGCCGAAUCGCGUCUGGUUCCAGACGCGCAAAACUGGUACCAAUACUGCUGAGUUCAUGGGGAAGCCAGCCACUGGCAAGGCUCUCAUUUUUCCUCCUGAGGCGUACAGCAUGAAGUUCAACGAGGCAGGCAAGGUACAAGAGUUUACAGUUGGCUACGUGCUGAAUCGUCGCUCUGGCAACACGGGUGGACUUGGAGGUGCUUUUGGUUACUUCUACGGUGUCGGCCGCCCGUUGCCAAUUCCCGAGUGCCGACCUUACAAGCCGUCUUGGCAGUUUAAGUUUCUGAAUUGGAUGGGCCGCGUGGGAAAGCGUGUCCAAGGUGUGAAGGUGCAGGAGGAUUGAGAGCGUCAGGAGUGCGAGAACCUCACAUUAGAGAGCACAUAUUGUUAUGUUAGUUGAUCUGCUAUACAGAAUUCAUUUUUUCGCAAUUUUAUCAGCCAUGCGAUGCGCCUCAGUUGGGCGCAUGCGAGCAAUUUUCGACGAAUAGUCAGACGAAUCGAGCAGAUUUAGUUUCGUGCGGCAUGCACGGGACGCACAUUUCUCUUUCGAUGGCCAGUGUGAAACGAUGGUGAUGG